UUUUAAACAAAUCUUAUAUUCCAACACUCCCAGUAUGCUAUUUAAAUAGUAACAUAAUAAUUAUGCUAUUGCUAGUUUUUACCAUAUCACUCCUUUUGCCAGUGUCACUCUUUCUAUGGGGACAUUUUAGAAAACUGGACAGGGAGAUUUCCCUGUAGUUUCCACAACUUCCUUUUUAAGGUAACCUCCCCUUUGUGUUGCUAAACUGACAAGUGUGAGGCAACCCUCUCUUUGUUGCAACUUGUACUAAGUGAUGGCGAGCUGUUUUAGUAAACCGACACUCACCUCUGUCUCAUUGGGCUGGGCUUCUGAGCAUGCCAUUGGUUUCUAGCCUGUCUGAUUAAGACAGGACACAGAGCAAACAUAGGAAGUACAGUACUAGUUGGAAGUGUACAAUCCUUGAGUCUGUUUGCUGUUCAGAGCGUUCGAAGCAAGGGUUUUGCUGAUUAGAGCGUAAUCACAUUUUAAACCUGUAGAAGGGCAAGAUAAAGUCAAGUGCCUGCCCGUCCGGCUAGGAGCGAAGGAUCCCAGCAACAAAUCAAAGGACAACAAUGGGGAUAUUAUAUUCACAGAUCAGAGGGAAGACAGUGGGAAGGCAGGAGAUACAUGGAUGAGGUCUUUCCCCUGUCACAAAGACCUUAGGCCUUUCAUUCCUAUUGCUUCCUUAAAAAGCAUGGGACACCACAACAUGCAGCAUACCACAGAACCCAUCUGUCAAGCAGCUUAUAACAAUGACCUCAAUGAAGUUCAGCUCCUUCUGCAGGAAGAUAUCAAUUAUUUGAACAUCCAGGACAGCUUUGGGGGAGAUACACCGUUAAUUUGUGCCUGCAAACAGGGACACAACAGAAUAGCCAGUUACCUUCUGAAAAUGAAUGCUGAUGUCAACAUCAAAAAUAAGAAAGAACGAACAUGUUUGCAUUAUGCAGUCAAAAAACGAUUUGGCUUCCUUGACUACUUGCUCAUUAUCCUCUUAAUGCCAGUGAUGCUCAUUGGGUAUCUGCUUAUGGUAUCCAAAAGUAAACAAAAUGAAAACCUCAUCAAGAUGUUACUUAGAGCUGGUGUAGACGUCAAUGCUACAGAUAAUUCAGGAAGAACAGCACUCCACUAUGCCUGUGAAAUGAAGAACCAGUCCAUUAUUCCUUUGUUAGUUGAAGCAGGAGCCAAUCCUUCCAUAAGAGACAAGGAAGAAGAGACACCCCUGGACAUAGCAAGAAGGCUGAAGUUCACCAACAUAGAAUACUUACUAAAAAAAGAAUCAUAAACUGUAAUAGAAUUUCCAAGAAUGUUAUGAGAGGAAAAGCUGUGGGCAGUUUACUAUAGUAAGUGCCAUUGAUUUGACAUUUGAAAGUGACACCAUGUUUACAGUAGCAGAUAUAGUUAUGCAAGUUAGGCAGACAGCAUGAAAAUUACUGUAUCAAUUCAUGAUCUGCUUCAAACAGGAAGACAUGGCCAAUUCUGCAGACACAGAGAGUUGUUUCCACCACCACCUCAGUUACCAAAAGUAUGUCUGUAACGCUAUGAGGAAUAUUAUUUAUUUCAUACGUACUAUCUAUAAACAUUGUAAAUUCAAAGAAGAUUCAGCAAUAAAAGCCUGUUUUGUA